UUUCAAAUAAGCCGGGGUAUAAGCGAGACAGCAAUAUUUUUAUUUGUUGAUUGACAAGUGAACUGUCAUUUAUUCGCAAUAUGGCCGAUAGUUUAUCUAAAUACGGAACGUAUUUAUUUGUGCGCGAAUAUUAUCAUUUGCUAUUCAAAUGUUAAUUUGUAUAUUUUGAUGACAUAGUGAGUGAAGUGUCGCGGCAUGUUUCCACUUACUCCACCAGUGGUCAAACGGCUGUUAGGAUGGAAAAAGGGACCCGAAGGUUCAUCUGCAGCAGAAGAUAAAUGGUCUGAGAAGGCAGUGAAGAGUUUAGUUAAGAAAUUAAAGAAAAGCGGAGCUCUGGAAGAGUUGGAAAAAGCAAUUUCAAGUCAGAAUAGUCAUACCAAGUGUGUUACAAUACCCAGGGUUAAACCAAACGAGAACGUGAUAAAUGGUCAAUACCGCAAGGGUUUGCCGCAUGUUGUCUAUUGCAGGCUGUGGCGCUGGCCGCAGCUACAGAGCCAACAUGAACUAAAGCCAGUUGACCACUGUGAGUACUCAUACCAGUUGAAAAAGGACGAGGUGUGCAUCAACCCUUAUCAUUAUAAUAAAAUCGAUUCACCAGCGUUACCUCCGAUCCUGGUCCCGCGGACCCUGGGCGACGCGGAGGUCCGAGCGCCGCCGCCCUACACGGACUACCACGCGCCGCAGCACCACCAGCCCCACCACCAGCAGCACCAGACCCACCAGCCCCACCAGACGCAUCAGCAGCACCAGCCGCACCACGAUCAUACAGACGCGGUGAUGCAGGCGGGCGUGGUGGGCGCGCACUCGGCCAUGUACCUGGAGGCCACGCUGGCGCAGCACGUGCCCGGCAACACCACCGUGCACGUGAGUUCAUCGACAGUGGAGACCCCGCCGCCGGGCUACAUCAGCGAGGACGGCGACCCCAUGGACCACAACGACAACAUGAACCUGACCCGCCUCUCCCCGUCGCCAGUAGCCCUGGCAACAGAAGCGGCCCCCGUGUUGUACCACGAGCCCGCGUUCUGGUGCAGCAUCAGCUACUACGAGCUCAACACGCGCGUCGGGGAGACCUUCCACGCUUCGCAACCCUCGAUCACAGUGGACGGGUUUACUGAUCCUAGUAAUAGUGAGAGGUUCUGCCUGGGCCUGCUGUCCAACGUGAACCGCAACGAGGUGGUGGAGCAGACGCGGCGCCACAUCGGCAAGGGCGUGCGCCUGUACUACAUCGGCGGGGAGGUGUUCGCCGAGUGCCUCAGCGACUCCUCCAUCUUCGUGCAGAGCCCCAACUGCAACCAGCGCUACGGCUGGCACCCCGCCACCGUCUGCAAGAUCCCGCCCGGCUGCAACCUGAAGAUCUUCAACAACCAGGAGUUCGCGGCGCUGCUGUCGCAGUCGGUGUCGCAGGGCUUCGAGGCGGUGUUCCAGCUUACGAGGAUGUGCACCAUACGCAUGAGCUUCGUUAAGGGUUGGGGAGCGGAGUACAGACGGCAGACCGUGACGUCGACCCCGUGUUGGAUCGAGCUGCACCUGAACGGGCCGCUGCAGUGGCUGGACCGCGUCCUCACGCAGAUGGGCUCGCCGCGGCUGCCCUGCUCCUCCAUGUCCUAGUCGCGAGCCCCAUAACGAGAGCAGAGGAAGUUAUACUCACACAUAAAUGUAUGUAUAGAGUUAGCUCAAAACAAUAAAUACCUCCAUUUUGAGUCGUAGUCUGUAAGCUAAAGCGCGUACGUACUCACAGAGUUAUAUAUUCAACUCUACUCAAACUACACUCAACUUUGAGAUGCCCCACUCGUAAUUAAAGUCACCUUGAAGUCUCAUGCUGAGUUUUAAAGGUAUUCUGUAACGUAAAACUUUAAAAAGCCGAGAUUUUAUUAAUAAUUCGCGUUCAUACGCAAGGCAAUGCGAAUCUUGGAUAUACUUUAUUCAAAACUAUUGGACUUGGGUUGCCUUACGUACAGAAAAAAUAAUGUACUAAUUAUGAUUGGUACCUAUCAUUACAUUACACCGUUCAGUAGCAGAAUGAUAAUUCAAGGCGAGUUUUAAUGUAUGCGACUGAAAUUACUCAGUGUUACAAUGAUAAACAUUUAAUAUAUUGCCAUGUAUAAAGAAAGACGAAGGUAUAUCUACUACGAGUUUUUAAAGCAACAUUAUUGUACUAGUAGUUCGGCGUCUGGCUCCCACGACGCCUCACUGAGCCAGUCCAAGUUUUAUACAAUUCUGUGAGUUCGGACCAAGCUUUAGCACGCAAUAUUUGAUAAUAAACGAUUACAUGUAAAUGUUUUAUUAAAUUAGAUUAACUGCGCAAAGAGUAAUCGUAUUUUCCUAUUUGAAGAGUUAUUUUUUAUUAUGAACGGCGGUAGUAAGACUAUAAUGUUGAAAUGUAGGUUUUUUUACAUUCGUACACUUUGACUAGUAUUCAUACAUACACACAAUAAUAUAUUUUAUGCAAGGAAUUAAAUAGUAUUUUCACACGGAGAUUUUUGAUGUGAUUUUGUAAUAAGCCUUUUUUAAGCCUUGAAAAAUCAAUAAAACCCCAGGAUGAAUAUUAAAUGAAAAAGAAAGACAGUUUCUCUUUUAGUGUCCCACUGCUGGGCAAAAAUCAUGUUAGGAAACAAUAGUUAAAUCAGUGUUGAUUUUACUAAAAAGUCUAAAUAUAUAGAAAGUCUUACUACUGCA